AUGCACCCCAUCAACACCCCUCUGUUCCCAUGUGUUUGCUCGCGCACGCUUUUGCUUCGUCAUGCUGAUCGCCAUACAGAGAUAAGACCUUUAGCCAUUUGGGAUCUGGCGAAUCCUGUCUGGUAUUCGAGUCAGGACUCUAGCACCUCAGCGACUGAAACCAGCUUUCUCUCUCUCGAAGCAAGCCCAAGCGGCGAGGCAGCAUACAAGCCGACUCAGCCAGACCCAGAGGGAGGGACUCAUUUCGGUCACAGGGUCGACAGAGACGAAGCUGAAUCCCAUUUUCCCAUGCCCCCUGUCCCGUCCUGUCCUGUCCUGUCCUGUCCUGUCCUGCUCUGUUCUGCCACACCUCCUCCUGCAUCCAGACCUUUGCCUACGCUUGGGGUCCCAAUCAACCAGUGGUUCGCACACACCGAGCCUAUUCGAAUUCGCCAUGCAUUAUGA